AUGUCGAGCGUGGCAAAUACCCGCAGGUCAUUGCUCCUGACGCCCAACGAGGCCCAUACGCUCCCGAAAGCGUCUACAAAGUUUCUGGAUGCGACGUGGUUUAUGCCUAACUCGCCUCGGAAUGCCAAACAAGAGUUUGUCAAGCGGCAUAUUCCUGGCGCGCAAUUCUUCGACUUGGAUGAGGUUGCGUCGCCAAACGAGCUCGGGUUGAAGCAUAUGAUGCCCUCUCCUCAGCAGUUCAAAGAGGCUUGCGACAACUUUGGUAUUUCACGUGAAGAUGCGGUCGUUCUUUACGACACACACGGGAUAUUUAGCUCGCCUCGAGCUCUAUUCACCUUCAAGUCGUUUGGUCACCCCAAUGCAUUUGUUCUCAACGGCGGUCUACCAGCCUGGCUCGACCAGGGGUUGAGUGUCGAAGAUGGCAGCGGACAUGCCUCGACGACAACGAUCAAGGGAGCGUAUCCCAUACCAAAGCUGGAUCAGGGAAUCAUUCGAUACGCUCGACCUACUGCAAGAUUUACGGGAGCCGCGCCCGAGCCGCGCGCUGGCUUAUCAUCUGGUCAUAUGCCCAAUAGUGUUUCGAUACCGUUUAACGCGCUACUGGCUACGCAUAGUGGGUCCAAUGAGGGGCAGGCGACAUAUACGACACUAUUGCCGGCGGACGAGCUCAGGGCAAAGCUGGUCGAACUGCUAUCUACACCAUCGAACUGGGCACGUGGUGGUGGCGUAAAGGGAUCCGAGUCCGGGGCGGACGGAGAAGCCAUCCUAGGUCGCAUCUUGCGCGGGGAGCAGCCUGCAGUAGCGAGCUGUGGCAGUGGGAUGACUGCGUGUGUAAUUUGGCUCGCGUUGCAGGAAUUAACGGGCGGUGCGCAGGCGAUUGCGCUGUACGAUGAGAGGACCCCGGCAGACCCACUGCUAUUUUUCCCUUGGGGUUAA